AUGGUGAAAUACAGGAAGGCUCUUUCACGAGGCAGAAGGAGCAGAAGCAGAAGUCCUACUCCUUGGCGGAAUAAAGCUUCUCCACAAAAAAUGAGAAGCAGAAGUAAAAGCCGAACUCUAGAGUGGCGAAGGGCUUCUUCAAGGAAAAGAAGGAGUAGAAGCCGAAGUCUCACCCCUGAGGAGGGAGAGACUGGGAAACACCAUAGGGAUAGGUACGAGAGACCUGAUUCCAAUUGGGAAAGGAACGCUCCCAAUAAAACGAAGGAACGCGAUGAGGGGACCAUGUCUGCAGGAGAAGCAGCACGGAAGGCCCUCAGCAAUAUAGCAUCCUCCCCCUUUGAAAGGAGGUUGCAAGAGGCGAGACUGCUGAGCAGGGUGAAACACGGUGCGUUCAUCCUCUAUGAAACAAAUACAGAUCUCGUCGCACACAUAUAG